AUGUUCGCAAUUGGUCGCCAGGCAUCACGACGCGUGGGAGGACAUUUACGUCGUCAGCUUUAUAGCAGCAAUAGUACUCAACAAGCAACGAAAUCAAGCGCUUCACGCGCUGCCAUUUGGUUCAUGGCGGGUGGUGUGGCAUCAGCCGCUGCCGUCAUUGGAUACCAACAACAGCAAAUCAAGGCCUCUUCCUCUCAUGGUGGUGGUGCUACUGUUGCUGCAUCGGCUUCCGGUCAAGUUCCAAAGUCUGCUAUCCGACAAGCGUUUCACGAGCUCCAGUCUGUCUUGCCUCCUGAGCACGUCACUGUAGACGAAGAUGUCUUGCAAGCACAUGGUCACUCAAGCAAUAGUUAUCACAACGAAGGCAUUCCAAACAUCGUUGUCUAUCCUGAGAGCACCGAGGAUGUAGUCAAGAUUGUCAAGAUUGCCAAUAAGCUUAGUGUCCCGAUCAUUGCAUUCUCAGGUGGUACCUCUCUUGAAGGCCAUUUCACAGCACCCCAAGGCGGCAUCUGUAUAUCUUUUACCCAGCACAUGGACAAUAUUGUCGAAUUCCAUCCCGAUGAUUUGGAUAUUGUGGUUCAACCUGGUGUGCAAUGGGAAGAUCUCAACAAUAAGCUCAAGGAACAUGGCCUCUUUUUCCCAAUGGAUCCAGGACCUGGUGCAUGUAUCGGUGGUAUGGUGGGCACAGGUUGUUCAGGCACCAAUGCUGUACGCUGGGGUACUAUGCGUGAAUGGGUCAUCAAUUUGACAGUUGUCAUGCCCGAUGGUCAAGUUGUCAAGACACGUCAAAGACCAAGAAAAUCGUCGGCUGGUUACGACGUGACUAAGCUUUUCAUUGGAUCAGAAGGCACUCUUGGUAUUGUAACAGAGGCAACUCUCAAGUUGGCAGUACGGCCUGAGGAGGAAACAGUGGCGGUUUGUGAUUUCCCAUCCAUUCGUGAUGCAGCUGCUGUGGUGCCUGAUUUGACGCGUGCUGGUGUCCAGAUUGGUGCUGUCGAGUUGCUUGAUGAUGUAAUGAUGAAGGCCGUGCAACUUUCUGAUCCAAGUCUUGGCUAUGAGGAAAAGCCUACGCUCUUUUUCAAGUUUGUGGGAUCCAAGGCACAAAUCGAUCAUGAGAUCAAGGUGGUUUCAGAGCUGGUCAAGAAGCAUAGCGGCGGUAAAUUUAAGUAUGCUACCACUCAAGCAGAGAAGGAUAAGCUGUGGGAAGGUCGUAAGACUUGCUUAUGGGCAGCUACUAUGCUCAAAGAAAAUGCAUCUAUAUGGACAACGGAUGUGGUGGUCCCUGUAUCGCGAUUACCCGAGUUGAUUGAUGAGACCAAAAAAGAUGUGGAAGGAUCAUCUCUUCCUUGUCCCUUUGCAGGCCAUGCUGGCGAUGGCAAUUUCCAUUUAUUCAUUGUGUUUGAUCAAACCAAGCCUGAGGAAUUCGAAGAAGCAACACGCUUAAACCAAAACCUUAUUCAACGCGCCAUUGGUAUGGAAGGAUCAAUUACGGGUGAACAUGGUGUUGGCUUUGGCAAAAAGAAGUAUCUUCGUGCUGAGCUCGGAGACAAUACGGUGGAUUUAAUGUGGACAAUCAAGAAGGCUAUUGAUCCCAAGGGAAUUAUGAACCCAGGAAAGGUUUUGCCUGAUAAGAAAUAG